AUGGAAUGUUUUACUGCUAGAAUUAGCAAAUUAUUUGAAAUGAAUUCAGAUUAGAAACCAGCUUUUCAGUUGGAAAUUUUUGAGAUCAAUAAAGUAGUAAAUACAAUACAAUCAGAAUAUAUUUUACUUAAUGAAUCAAUUACAUUACUUAAUAUUCAUGUUUAUUACAAAUGUCCAUCAAAUAAUAAAAAAGUCCAUAGUUAACUGAAUAAAUGUAAUAGUUGUAGUGGAUCUAAUAAGAUUUAUAACUUGAACCAUUAUUGUCAUGGAUCAAUUAAUACAAUUAAUAUCUAUGCUAAAUUCAAAGCAUAAACAAAUUACAAAGAAUUAACCUUAACUACAACAAGUAAUAGUAUAACUAUUGUAUAAAAAUUAACUAAUAAAAUUAUCACAUAAGAAACUAUAUUAUUAGUAGAAUUUUUAGAUGUAUGA